CGAGCCCAGGCGGCAGCAGGAGCGGCGGGCGGCAGGCUGUGCUCUGGAGAGCCGAGCGCGAGAGGCGAAGCGGGAGCGCGAUGCUGAUGGAGGAGGAGAUGCAGGCGGCAGAGGAGGGCCCCAGCGUGGCCAAGAUCUACAAGCAGCAGCGCAGCCCUUACAGCGUCCUCAAGACCUUCCCCAGCAGCCGGAGACCGGCGCUGAGCAAGCGCUACGAGAGACCCACCAUGGUGGAGAUCCCGCAGGUCAGGGCAGCAGGCGUCGGGCAGCAGCAGCAACACCAGCAGCACCACUUCCAGCCGCUGCCAGCUGUCGCCUCCUCCUCCUCCAUCAGCGAGCACCAGCUGCCUUACCAAGCGCACAGCUCCUACACCGGCAGCCGAGCCUCCCAGGGCCACCCUCCCAGGACUCCGGGUCCGCAGCUGGGACAUCAGGCUGCUCCUGCCGCUUCUUCCUCCUCGGUCAGGUACGGCCACAGCCACCAGGGGGCAGCAAGUAGUAGCAGCGGCGGCGGCGAAGCAGGCGGCAGCCUGGAGCUGAGUGCAGAGAGCCGUAUGAUUCUGGAUGCCUUUGCCCAACAGUGCAGCCGCGUUCUUAGUCUUUUAAACUGUGGUGGAAAACUUCUGGACAACAGCCGCUCUCAGUCAUUGGUUUCCUGUGUAAAACAGGAGAGCACAAGCUUUAACGAAAGACCAGAGCAGUGCCAGCUUGGGAAAAUGGUCCAUAGUCAGACAUCAGACAACUUAGACCUAGAGUUCCAGUACAUGCAGAAGAAGCAGCAAACCUCUGCUUUUCUGAGGGUCUUUACUGAUUCUCUUCAAAACUAUUUGCUUUCUGGAAGCUUUCCAUCUCAGAAUGCUUCCUCGGUGAGUGAUUUUGGCCAUAUGGCAGAUGUGGAUCCACUUGCAACCUCUCCAGUACACACUUUAGGUGGAUGGACAUCCCCAGCAACUUCUGAGUCCCAUGGUCACCCAUCAUCUUCUACACUUCCGGAGGAGGAGGAGGAGGAGGACGAAAGCUACUGUCCUCGUUGCCAAGAACUGGAGCAGGAGGUAAUUUCAUUGCAACAAGAGAAUGAAGAACUCCGAAGAAAGCUGGAGAGCAUUCCAGUGCCCUGCCAGACGGUUCUAGAUUACUUGAAGACUGUUCUGCAGCACCAUAACCAGCUUCAAGUGCCGCAGCCAGUGGACCAGCCAGCAGAGGGGAGCAAGCAGUUGCUGAACAACUACCCCGUCUACAUCACUAGCAAACAAUGGGAUGAGGCCGUCAACUCCUCCAAGAAAGAUGGGCGGCGGCUCCUUCGGUACCUCAUCAGAUUUGUCUUCACAACCGAUGAGCUUAAGUACUCGUGCGGCCUUGGAAAAAGGAAAAGGUCAGUGCAGUCAGGAGACACUGGUCCUGAAAGACGUCCUCUGGAUCCAGUAAAAGUAACAUGUCUCAGAGAAUUCAUUAGGAUGCACUGCACUUCCAACCCCGACUGGUGGAUGCCAUCUGAAGAACAGAUAAACAAGGUGUUCAGUGAUGCCGUAGGACAUGCGCGGCAAGGGCGUGCAGUGGGGACGUUCCUCCAUAACGGCAACUCGUAUUAUGAAGGGAUUGAGCAGCACAGUUCACAAGAUGACCUCUUCAACAGGGGUGUCCACGAUGGAUCUGGAGACUGAUGGCAGAGAGGAGGGAAUCCAUGCAAGUGUUUGAGGCAGUAAAAGAGACUGUGUGUUCAAUGUACUGUUUUUGAUGUUACUUAAGGAUCCAAAGCAUGUUCAAAGUCCUGUUUCAUCCAAGGCCUCUUUGUGAAAUUCCAUAGUGUCUAAACUGCCAGUGGCUUAGACCUUGUUCUUACAAACAUCUGAAAAGAUGGUUAAACCUGUAUUUGGGCUGUAUGGCUUCAGGAUUCAGGGGCGGGGCUCACAUGACUGAAUGGUCUUCCAUACCAAAAAAUAAAAUAAAAUAAAUCCCUCCCCCUAGGAAAUGGGCAUGUCAGAGAACCAACCAGGAUAGAGCCCUUCUGCUAGGUUUCAGUGUUUUUGUACAGAAGAGCAUUAAGUCAUACAAGCAUCACCUGCAGUCUCAAGUGGUAUAGCCCAGACUCAGGUUUAUCUUCUCAUCUGCUGUUUGUAAGAGCUAGGCCCAAGCUUUGCAAUGAAAACUAACACAUUAACAUAUUUUAUAUAUGUUCAAAACAGUGGCCGAAACCACACUCUCCCCUGCACCCCGCCGUCUUCUGCACAAAACAUUUCACUUCAUAGUCAUUCAUGUACAAUUUUAGGAUAAAACAAAAAAAGGUGUCCCUUAUGAUCAACUAGGAAAGUGGUAACACGCCAUUAAAAAGUAUCAAAAUUGGGAAGAGAGUUGACACUUUUCUCACUCCCCCUCUUGUUUAGUUAAUACUGCUGAGGGGGUUGUCAUUUAAAAGACUAGAGCUAGUUUCUGCUGCUUUCUCAAAUCUAACAAAUAAAAAAACUGGCUAACGGACCAAGCAAGGAAAUGAGCGCCCCUGAAGCAUCGCCCAUGCUACUAUAUCUGUGUAAACAACAUCAGCAAUGUUGCAGUACCAGACAGUUUUGCUGCACUGUGCAAUGGCAUGAACUCAUUGGAAAUAAUGGGUGCUGUGUUGCACAAAACUGCGUUUAUGCAAUGUCGACAGAGUGGAACUGCCCUGUUCCACAAGACCAUCAACAGUGUUCACACAUGCAGCAGUGCGGGCAGUGCUUCAACUGCCCUAGUUUCCUUGCGUGCUCUGUCAGACACUGUUCCAGUAGAUAAGUUGUUACUUCACAAGCGCACUCUCCCUCCCCCCCAUCUUCUUCUUCUUCUUUUUUUUGGUGUCGCACCUUUUGGUAUUAUGCACAAUUCUGGUUUCAGAAAUGCACUGCUCCUAUUGCUCAGAAAUCCAGCAAUAUGUACCGUGAGAACUAAUUUUAACAGGCCGAGUGUUGAAUUAAGCAAGGACCAGGAAACACUGCUUUCCCCUGCUGACACAGUCCCAUGGACCAAAACCCAAGCGAAGGGCUCCCUCAUUGCCUUCUGUCUGCAGUGGACAUCAACAACAGAAGUGCCGGAAAAACCUUUCCCUCCUUCUCCUCAGCAACUCUCUCCCAGUUGUUAAUGGAGGAGAUUAAGGGGCCCGUUCAGUCAAAACUUUGUUUGCCAGCCUCAGCACAUACAGUAAGGUCAUUUAUAUGCUGUGAGCAUGCACAUCCUCUCUCCCUCCCAUCAACCUAGGGCGCUCUUCCCUAAUUGCAUGGAAAGGUUCAGAGAAGCUGUUACCCACCCUCACAAUUAAGGAAAGGUAUAGUGGGAGGGGAUGUGUGCUCAUGGUACAUGGUCAUCUGUAUAGCAGAUGAAGUAUAAUCUGAACUGGCCAGGUAUCUAAACCCAUUCAGUUAGCGCCAUUUGGACCCUGUAGCUGGAGGUUCAGCUGACAUACUGAAAUGUAAUAUUAAAUUAGAACAAUUAGAAGUGCAAUCUACAUUAAGCUGUUAUUUAAUGGACUGUUUGUUACUAUUUAAAAACAAACAUAAAGUGUGAUAAUAUUUCUAGAAGUAUUUGUGGGAAAGUGGUAACAUUUUCCCCUGCUUACUUUGAGACCUUUUUGAAGUGCUUCCUCUUUUGCCACACCAGGUACAGGCCUAGUCUGUCUACAUCAGUUGUUCUGGAAAUACCAAUUUCCUUUUGGGCAGACAUGUUGCACUGUUUUAUGUAUCCCCAGCCUGUCUUGAGGGCUCAGGGCAGGUGACGGUAAAACUAAAAAUGAAUUAGAAACACAACCCACUGCCACUAUUGAAGAGGCAAAAGAGUGGACAAAGCCUGCUCAGGAUUUGAGGGGGCCCUCAGCUGGGUGUCCUUUAGUUCUCUCCCUCCCUUUAGCUUGGCAGUGGGUGUCAGGGCAGGGGGUGGGGAAGAUGCAAGUUCAAAAUAAGGGGAGAGGGGCACAUGCAGCCAGUUCCCACCAGUUGCUAACUAGACACAGUCCUCCCUGGGAUUUAUGAUAAGUGACAGCGGUGCCCCCGGCCAGCUGUCACCCCCCUCUUCACCUCGGGGUAUGCUGUUCAUUUGUCCUUUUCACCCCCUGGGGCACACUUUUCUCCUCUUCCGUGCCCCCAACAAUUAAUUUUAUUUAUUAUUUAUUAUUAUUAUUAUUAAUUCAAUUUCUGUACCGCCCUUGCAAGAUAGAAACGCCCCUGCUGCCAUUACACGGCUUGGGAGUGGAGUCCUUGUGCCAUGCCUGCUGCUGAGCAUCUGCCUGCAGAUGUGGGACCGGGCAGCCUUAUAGUGCCCUUCACCUCAGGCAGCAAUAUGCCUGAGGCACCUGAGCCCUGGCAGCUACCCAACAAGGGUGCCAUGUGCUGGGGCUGGCCCUGAGAGUUGUUCCAAUGAGACCCCCCCCCAACAGUGUAAGGGCUCUGCAGGACGGGAGUCAGAAUUGUGCCUACCUCCUGGGACCACUUGGCCUACUUCUAGCCCACCCAGUAUCUGUUCAUUGUAAUGCUAGCAUAGGAUGUGGGCUGGAAAGCCCACACAAGUUACCCUGCCCAUGGGCAUCCUGCAGAAGCAUAGGCUCACCACAGGUAGGGACAAAUAAAGCAAACCGUUCUUUACACAGGCCAUGGCAGGAAACCAUUCUUUUCAGACACAUGUCAUGCCUGUUUAAAUAUAAUCUCUCUUCAGUCAUAUUUUUUCCAGUGUAGAGAACAGGGCAUAGCUAUUAAUUAUACUUAUACCCUAUCCCUCCAGGAUCCUACUGCUCGGGUGGCUCACAACAUUAAUAAAAUAGAUACAAUGUAAAGUAAAAGGUCAAUAGAACUAAAGUAGUUAAAAGCCCAGGCUAAAACCAUAUUUAAAAUUACAAUUUUUUUAAAAAAGUCAAAGCUAAAAACUAAGAAGCUAAAAAAAAACCCUACCAGAUAGAAGCAGCAGAUAAAACAUUAAAAAUUGUCUUUUAAAAUAUGUUUUUAAUUUUUAAAAAAAAAACACUGAGGGGGGGAGCAUGGCAAAGCUCAUCAAGGAGAGCAUUCCAAAGCUGAGGGGCUACAACUGAAAAGGCCCUGUCUCUAGUCCUCGCCAUCCAGAUCUCUGUUAAUAGUGGGGCCAUGAGCAGGGCCUGAGAUGCCAAGCAGAGGACCCUGGCAGGUUCAUACGGGCAAAUGUAGUCUAACAGGUACCCCAGCCCCAAGCUAUGUAGGUCAAAACCAACACCUUGAAUCUAACCCAGAUGCAGGAUGCCGCAGGAUGGGUGUGUCACUCAUGAAGCUACUUGCACCCACAAGCAUCCUUGCAGCAGCGUUCUGGAAGAGCUGAAAUGGCUGAACCAUCUUCAAGGGAAGCCCCACAUAGAGCACAUUGCAUUAAGAGUGGUAGAGCUGAGUGGCAUCAGCAUAUUGAUGGCACCGCAGCCCACACCCACUGAUGACCUCUCCCAGAGGUUUCAUGUAGAUGUUAAACAGCAUAGGGGAUAGAAUAGAUUCCUGUGAUGGCACCCCUAAGGCCAAGGGCUGGAGCAGGCAUCCCCCAGCACCACCUUCUGAGUACGACCCUCGAGGAAGGAGCAGAGCCACUGUAUAAUGGUGCCUACAAGUCCCAGCCUGGAGAGAUAACCUAGAAGGAUACCAUGGUCGAUGGUAUCAAAUGCCACUGAGAGGUCCAGGAGACUCAACAGAGUCACACUCCCUCUGUCUAUCUCCCGGUGUAGGUCAUCCACCAAGGCAGUUUCCAUCCUGUAUCCAGGCUGGAAGCCAGGCUAAAAAGGAUCUAAGUAAUCAGAGCUGAGACGCCACCACAUUCUAACAGCUUGCCCCAAAAGGGGAGAUUAGAAACUGGUCAAAAGUUGGUCAAGUCAUCUGCAUCCAAUGAGGGCUUUUAAGGAGGGGCCUAAUGACUGCCUCCUUCAGAUGAGGGGACACCACUCCCUGCUUUAGAGAGGCAUUCACCACCCACGCCAGCCCUGGUCCCAAUCCCUCCCUAGCAGCCUUCAUCAACCAUGAAGGGCAAAAGGCUUAAGAGCUAAGUCCCCUUGCUGCCAAUGAGGAAGAUAAGCACAUGUUGAACAACCCAUUCCCAUUUAAAGCUAUAAGGCUUAAAUAAGUUUCACUCUAGCUGGAUCACACCUUUUAUUUAUUAUUAUACUUUAAACAAACACCAUCUCAACAUUUUAAUAGUAUAAUCUGAGUUGACCAAUGCCAUCUGUUCUGAAAUGGUUAUUAUCAGCAAGACAUUGUCAUUGGCACAAGGCGGCCCAUUGAGAAGAUGAAUACAGCCACCCUUCCAAAACUGCAGCAUUUCUAGUCUAGCUGUUCAGUGUUGUACUUGAUACACACCAUCAGCUAUCACAUUGCUAAGGCGGUGCAGGCCUUGCUGGUGUAUGUUUCCUGUCGUGACACUUGCGGAUCUACUUCGUAAAAUUUGUCAGAUAGAAUGCAUGAGUCCACAGUUGUCCACAAUAUAAUCUCACUAUAGUGUAUUUUUGUAUAAGCUGUGUCAAAAUCAAAUGUUUGUGUACAAAGACAAGUAAAAAAACCAACUGCUUUAUGCACACUAAAUUCACAUAAACAGACCUCAUUAAAGCAAUACCAUUUGGGUUUUGCCAAGGCUAUAGAUGAAUGUGAAGGUUAUACUCAGAUUUCUAUCUUGACUGCACUUAUAAGUUACACAGUAUGGUGUGGAGAUUGCUUCCAAAUGUUGUAGGCUCAUGGUAAUAUCUAGAAAAGAGCCACCUGCAUCAGGCCAAAGAAAUUGUUCCUUCCCAUAACAGGAUUGUCCCUUUUCAGCAGGGAAUACUUACAUAAGAAACCAAUUCAUUCACAUCAUGCAGAGCAAGGAUUCUCAACCUUGGGUCCCCAGAUGUUAUUUGACAUCAACUCCCAUAAUCCCUAACCAAAGAUCAUGAGGGCUGGGGAUUAUGGGAGUUGAAGUCCAUCAACAUCUGGGGACCCAAGUUUGAGAACCCCUGAUCCAGAGGAUUCCUCUUAAGUGAUAUUUUUUACCAGAUUCAUGUGAUUUCUCUUUGACACAGGUGAGGCCAGAACAUGAGAGUCUUGCUGGCUCAGGCCCAAGGCCUCUUUUGUCCAGCAUCUUGUUUCCCACAGAUGCCUCUGAGAAGCUUACAGCAGGAGAUGAAGGUAUGCCCGUUCUCCUACUGUUGCUACCCUGCAACUGGUAGGCAGAGGCACACUGCCUCUGAACCGGGAAGGUAGGCUCUAGCCAUCAAGAUAAGUACCCAUCGAUAGACCAAAUCACUGUUCCCACACUGCACCGGUAAAAGAAGAAGCCGCUCUAAUGACCACCUCUGCUAUUACCAUGGCAGCAUGUGCCACCACCACCACUCUAGCUAUGACAAGAAUUAGACCACAUGGUGAUGCUCCUUCUGUUGUGAGCUCCCCUGCUUCUAGCAAAUGGGGCCAUUGCAGGGUAUGGCACUACACCUUGGGUUCUGCAUGGCCAACGCCGUGAGAUGUUGCCGUAGUGCUGUGGGAGGAGUGCAUAUUGCAGAGGCUCCCACCACAUUACGGUAACCAUGGAAGGGAGCCUUGGGGCCAAACUACAAAUGAUGCUAAAAGUGUAAUUGUGUUUAUCUGUUUUUUAAAAAUAAGAGUUACAGGAGAAGAGUUGCUGCUAUCUGGAUUGGCACCAAUGUCAGUUUUCCUCCCAGGUCAAACAGCAGCUGCUAUUAUUGUUAUUUUUGUGGGAGUGCUGCUGGGAAAGUAAUUCAAAAACCCUUCAUUGCAAAAUAAGCUCAUUGCCCCAUAUCACGAGGUUCAUGAGUUGAGGCCAAGAUCAGAACAAACCAACCUUGUGCAACAUCUUUCCUGGCUCGUUAUCUUGACGAAGGAACAAGUUCUCAUUCCCUGUAGAAUGGUAAGGCCUUAAGAUGGGACCGUAGUCCUGCAGGCCUGGAAGUAAGAGUGACGACGUUUUUGAUCCUUCACUGACUGUUGCCAGAUAUUAAAGUAGUAUAUUAAUGGGAUUACUUUUGCUCUUAAUGCAGCCUUACAAACAAGUCCACUAAAAUGAUUAAUUCUCAAAAAAAUAACCUCCUUACUAACGUCUACCUUUUCAUCAUUAGCCAACACUUCCUGCUUGGAAACAGAGACUAGGAGAAGGGCUGUUUACAACUGUCAGUUUAGGCACCAUUCAUACAAAUGGCAGAUGAGACAGUAAUACUGUUGGUGGACCAUACCAUUACAGAAGGAAUACUUCCUCUUGGGAAUUUUCUAUGCACAUACAAUAGUGUUCUCUUGCACAGAAGGUUCAGCUACAGCUCUUUUCUCUGUCAUCUAGUAUUUUUUCUCUAUAGGUGGAGAUUUCUACUUUGGGAGAGCAGAUAGUCACACAGUACCAUGCCUACUGUCUGAAAUGGUACAGUUCAGGGACAGUUUUACUGCCUCACCACUAGGCUUCAAAGGUAGUCCCCUUUAGACUGCGAAAGGGGGCCACAAAGGACGGCAGUAUCUUAUGGUACUGAGCCAUGGUUUGUAUUCAGUGUCUAAAUAUAGGUAGAAUCCGUGAUAAGAUUACCUCAUUGAGGCUAAGAUUUGCCUCCUGUUUUAGGUGCCACAUCCUACUUGGACCCUUUCAGUAGAACCUCACAAUAAAAGUACCUUAUGGAUUCAUUUUCUUAAACUCAAAUUACCUCUAAUCCAUCGACCCAAACCAAAUCUCUGCUCCCUCAGAACAUUUGGCUUAUGUGGUACUCUAUCAACAGCAGGUAAAGAUGAAGUGGGUUGUGCUACUCCAUAAUCAGUUCCAAUACCCUUCAGGGAAAGGGUAUCUUUGCCUUAUCCUCUCUGACCGUUGGAUCUUCCUCUCAUGUCCGUAGCUACCUUUACAAAGUUUGUGUAUCACUACUGCACGCACACCAGUGCCAACAUGCCUUUGCUCUAUUUUCUAUGACAAGAUAUUUGUGGAGAUACUGUGACCAAGAAUUCAUUACUCCUAAUAUUUUUAUUGUUAUAGCGUAGUUAACUCUAUUAACAAUUUGUCCUGUGUAGAGUCAAUAAAAGAUAGGGAUAGACAAAUAUCCAAUUCUGUACAAAGUGAAUAGUGUAAUAUAGGCUAGUAUGUUUUGGUGAGAAUUUCUAGAGGAUAUGUGAAUUGUUUUCUAUGUGACAUCAGGACACAUUUCUUUUAAAGAACACACAAAAGUUUAGACAGUUUUUUAAAACAGUGAUAUUUUUUGAUUAUAAAGAUACAUUUGUUACUAGAGUUUACUAUUCCAGGUGUUCUCUUAUUUAAAUAUUGGGUUUUAUUAUUACAUACCUCCAAAUCCAUUGUUCUGUUGCAUAACAAUGCACAAUAAAAAAAAGUUAGCCUCUG